AUGAACAUCAACAUUACAAGAAACGGCAACGGAGGAAUCCCACAGGCUUGUUCUGCUUGUAAAUACCAACGUAGGAAGUGCGGUCCAAGCUGUAUUCUCGCACCAUAUUUUCCUCACGAACGUCAAAAACAGUUUCUCAACGCCCAUAAAUUAUUCGGUGUCGGUAAAAUCACCAACCUGCUUAAGACUGUUCCUCCUGAGGCCAGAGACCUAACCAUGUCUACUAUUAUUUAUCAGUCUGAUAUGCGUGCUUUGGAUCCUGUUGGUGGUUGUUAUAGACAUAUUCAGAAUCUUCAAUCGCAGAUCGAUUUUUAUUCCGCUCAGCUUCAUUUCGCUCUUCAACAGAUUGCUAUUUGUAGAGCUGCUGCAGCUUCUUCUUCUUCCAAUCAUCAUCAUCAUUAUAAUGAUAUUGUCGUGCCCGACGAUAAUAAUAAUAAUAAUCACGAUAAUCACGACAAUGAAGCUAUUAUUAUUCCUCCUAAUUAUCUACAUCAGCAACAGCUGCCGCCGCCGCCGCCGCAGCAUUUUGUUGAAGAACAGUUGGAUGGUAUUGGUAUGUUUCAACCGCAACCGCAAAUGCAACCGCAGUAUGUUGUUGAUGAUGUCGUCGGUGUCAACCCUAAUUAUGUUCCUUUACAAGAUCAGGAUCUUGAUACGUGGGUGAAUUCUAUACCGUUGUCGCUGUUAUCCUUGCAGGAUAACAAGAAGGAGGACGAUGAGGUAGAUCAAGAACGGGUUGGUGAUGAUCGUUUAAAUGAUGAUCAGAAACCCAGUUUUGACCUAAUCAAUGAAAUGAAUUCGUCGGAUAUCGUCAGAAGUACUAAUGAUCCUAGACACCAGGUGGAUAAUUAUUUGUAUAUCAUUGGUUCAUGA